CAAACUCCCAGGCUCGUCACUCCGAAGUAAAGCUUCAUCUGCCUCAACUCAAGCCACUCUCUUUCUCGUCGUUGACAGCGAAAGCAAAAAAACCCCAAAAGAAAAAUGGCCACCACCGCUAUGCAAGCUCUGCUCGUCCUCGCCCUCCUUCACCUCGCCACCGCCACUCCUGUCAUUGGCAAGCAGAAAGUGAGCACUUUCAAUACCGGAUAUCUGGGACACCCUCUGGGCGGUCUGGGCUAUGGUGGUCUAGGCUACUAUCCCGGAGUGGCCAUUGCAGGGGCCUACAAGCACCAUGCAGCAGCUGGACUCGUCCACCCAUACGGUGGGCUCGGAUACUAUGGGGCCCCCUACCACCACGCCCUCGGCGGGUUCGGCUACCCCCUGGGCAUCGGCGCCGGCGUCGUGGCUCCCCACGUGGUCAACAGCAAACUGGGUGCCGUGUAUGCAGGUGCCCCAUUCGCGCCCGUUGUCUAGGUUGUUGUGGCCGUCCUGCGUCCCCAUGUCUGCAGCCACUUCAGCAGGAAGUGCUACCUCCGGAAGUGACUCAGGACUAUGGUGAAGAAGCAACUCGAUGAAGAACGUUACGGACGGCCGCCCGCCGCCAACCACCACCACCACCACCCUGAAGGGGUGUAGGUUCACCACAUACUCCGCCUCCCACAGCUGCCCCGCUCCUGACCCGCUCGCCUGCUCGCCCACUCACUCACCCACUCCCUAUCUUGUCAAGCACUCCUAAUUAGAUAAACGUUUUCAAAUCCACGAGCCCCGUCGCCUUUGCAAAGUCACAGCUCAGCCUCAGGAAUCGACCCAUUCCUGCCGGAGCGUUGAAUUGUUAUGUUCGCGAUCUAAUGGCGAUGAGAUUAUAGCUUGCGCCAGGCUAGGUGCACUCUGGAGGCCACGGUGCGUCACGAUGCAUCAUGCACCACACACAUACAUGCAUAUGCGCGUGUGUGAGUCUGUGUGUACGUGUCGCCAAAUAUAAUUCAAGUUACUCACCUUUGCAAUCAAGCGCAUUGCAAAGUGUAAGUUCACCCACCUAAAUCCAUCCAGUCUAACUACCCAAGCAUUGACUAUGAAAUUCUCAUCGUCGGCAAGAUGGUAUCAUUCCGUCAUUCGUGAAAUUCCUAACCCCCCACCCCCUCCAUCACCGCACGCCAACUUCCUGCAAAAGACGCGAAUCAGACCCUUGAGUGCGCGAGUGUGAGUGCGUGCGUGAAUGAGUGAGCGAUUGCGCGAGUGUGUGAAUGAGUGAGUGAGCGAGCUUGCCGGCGGCAGUGGUCCUUAAAGUUUGUCUUCGAACUUCUUUGCAUUUAAGAAAAAAAAACAACGAUGGCUUCACGUGACCGGGGAGAAGAAGAAGAAGGAAACUAACAAAUCAAUAUGAAUGAAAAAAUAUAUAUAUAAUUAAGAUAUUUUAAAAGAUCCCUGGCUUUAAUCGAAACAAAAAACUGGUGCUGGUGGGAGGGCGGGUGGUGGGAGGGAGGGUUUCUGUGAUCGGUGGGCUAAGAAUAUGACUCCGCGAUGAACGCUGUGUGAUGCGUUAAUGAAACAGCAAAUCGUAACGGUGCUUUGGGGAUCGACUGUCAAUAACCAACUGUGGCGGCCGGGCUGAUUCUAAUAGUCAGGUGGGAUUGUAACAUACGUACGUGUAUGUGUGUAUGUUGAACUUCUUUCGCACUGUACGUAGCCAAGCACGCUAAUCAGAAGUUGCAGGCGGGUGGAAGGACAACUAAACUAAACUCGACGCAAAAACAAACUUAAGAACCCGAUUGGGAUAGGUGCAACACCCCGAUAGGAGUUUAGUUUAUGGAUAGAUAAACAUAUUUACAUAUAUAUACGAAUGCAUCUGGCAUCGCAAUUUUUUUAUGACGAGUCGAUUAACCCUUUUUUUGCCUUCGUUAACGUAGUCACUGGCGUUUUAUUUUAACACGGAGGCAGCUUUGAAACCUCAGAGCUCGGCAGUGGAGGCAUUUUCGCUCGAAUCGAAUCUGCCGUACCCCCCUCCACUUCGCUUGCGAGAAGCCCUCCAAAGACAUCUCCCCACGUGUGUUUACGCGUGCCCUUACCCACCCCACCCGGCACCGAGUGUAUGUAUAUCGUUAUUUAGCUCUCCCGUCAGUACAGAUUUUUUUUAACCGGUUGAUAGCAGUACACGGAAGUUACGGUGGUCGCAGUUGCAUAUUCGGUUUUACGUGUUUUUUUUGGGGGGGGGGGGGGCGGUGUUACGAUCAUUUAAUUCCUGUCAAACCAUAUGAUUUACCUGUCAUCUUGUACAGGGAAAUUUAGUUUUCAGGUUCAUACGGUGUACAGCCAUUUCAACCUGGGCACAUUUUUUUUGUCUAUUUGUUUGUGUUUCUCCAUUGUGAUAAGAAUUUGUAGGCUGAACGUUGAGAUUCAUAAGGGCAAGGUUUAAAAUAAUGUCUGAAUUGGUCUGUAAUAAGGUAGGCACUGACAAGGGUUUGACAGGUAUGUCAUUUUGUCGUUUUGGUUUGUUGUGCCAUGCGUUGGCACAAAACCCCAUCCCCUCCAAAAGCCCUCCUACUUUUUGUAGGUGGGCCUUUGGGUGGGGGGGGGGGCUCCCUCCCAAUAAAAUGGCCGCCACAACAUGAAAAAAAUGGCGGCGCUGGAACUGCCUGGAAAAAGAACAAAAACCAUGCAACAAUGACCAACUUCCGUGGGUUGUGUGCCCCGCAAAGAAUCAUCUCCUUGCGUCUUUGUCUCACUGCGGCUCUAUUGGUUGAAUGAGGAUUGGUUACGAGUUUGAUGGAUAAAGGUUGUUGAGUCCUGGAUAUAUCCAAACGUGACUUGGGUUGGGUUGUGCUCUGUGCAACUUCCUUUCUUUUUUUCUGGAUUAAAAUAAAACAUCUGUACUGACUGCCA